CGCUUAACAAACAAGCUGAAGAAGACAAACUCACUGCGAUCCCCGUAUCUUGGUUCCGGCUAUAUAGAUUCGCGCAACUAUGGGAGAUCGGGUUGCUGGUGUUGGGCGUGAUUCUAGCGUCCCUGAACGGUCUGUUCGUGCCGAUCGGUGUUAUAAUCUACGGCGAGUUCACCGCACUCCUCAUCGACAGAACCGUCAUGAUCGGCAGCUCGUGUCCUACGCUCACCAUCGCGUGGUUCGGCGGCGGCAGGAUACUAACGAACGCAAGCCGCGCAGAGAACAGAGCAGCGCUGAUUGAAGAUUCGCAGGCGUUCGGCAUAGGAUGCACCGUGUUUUCGGUGGCGCAGUUUAUAGUAGGCGCCAUCAGCGUGGACUUAUUCAACUACACCGCGCUCAAACAGAUCGAGAGAGUGAAGACCCACUUCCUUCGCUCGGUGCUGCGUCAGGACAUCACGUGGUACGACCUCAACACUUCCAUGAACUUUGCCACGAAGGUCUCCGACGACCUGGAGAAAUUCCGCGAAGGCAUCGGUGAGAAGGUGCCGAUGCUGAUAUAUCUUGUGAUGUCGUUCGUGACCGCCGUGCUGAUCUCCUUCGUGUACGGCUGGGAACUCACGCUGGUCAUCCUCUCCUGCACUCCAGUCAUUAUCGCCACCACUGCUAUUGUUGCUAGAGUACAAUCAUCUCUAACGACGCAAGAAUUAAAAGCAUACAGCAUCGCCGGCGUGGUGGCUGAGGAAGUAUUAGCGGCUAUACGGACUGUGGUAGCUUUUGGUGGUGAAGAGAAAGAAAUAAAGAGGUACACAGUCCGCCUAGACCCGGCAAAGAAGAUGGGCACAAGAAAGGGCGUGUUCUCAGGUCUCGGCAGCGCUGUGAUGUGGCUCAUCAUAUACGCCACGUACGCGCUCGCCUUCUGGUAUGGCGUGGGGCUGAUCCUUGAGAGUCGGCAUGAGACUUCACCUAUAUACACGCCAGCUGUACUUAUGAUUAUAUUCUUUAGCGUACUUCAAGGUGCUCAGAAUGUGGGUCUAACUGCUCCGCACAUGGAGGCUAUUGCCAACGCACGGGCUUCUGGUGCGGCCAUCUUCGCCGUGAUAGACAGGAGCCCGGCCAUAGACAGCCUCUCCACGGAGGGCAGCAAACCUGAACUCAAUGGCGAUUUGGAGCUUAAAGAUGUCUUCUUUAGGUACCCGGCUAGAGAGGAUGUUCAGGUUCUACACGGAAUAAACUUGAAAAUCAACCAGAACGAGACAGUAGCUCUGGUCGGGCCGAGCGGCUGCGGCAAGUCCACUGUGCUACAACUGCUGCAAAGACUUUACGAUCCAGAGCAGGGCACCGUGAAGGCAAGCGGCCACGACCUGAGGGCCAUGAAUGUACGGCAUCUGAGAAAUCAUAUUGCUGUUGUCGGACAAGAACCUGUUCUUUUCGCUGGGAGUAUCAAGGAUAAUAUACGCAUGAGUAAUCCGUCGUGUACAGAUGAAGAGAUCAUAGUCGCCGCGAAACAGGCCUACUGCCACGACUUCAUCAAGAAGUUGCCUGAA